GAUUAAAUCAUAUCCGUACAGCUUUAAUUAAACAUCGCUGUCACGAUUUCCCGUGAUUACUCAUUCCUUCAUCAUUGUUAAAUUAAAUCAGCAGAAAAGCCUUUUUCCGCCGAGACGCCGACGCCACGACGGAACGGUUCCCAUGGACCUGCCCAGGACUCCGGUGGGACGAUCCACCUCACUUCGUGACCCUUCCGACACUCGAUUCACUGACUCCGAUAAAAUUGAAGGCGCUGGUAGCUGGGAAGCCCUUGAAUGGACUAAAAUUGAGCCUGUUUCGAGGUCGGUUCCACAAGGACUGCAAGGUUUCUUGCUCGAAGCUGAACGUGUUAUCGUAGAGGGAUAUGGUGUUGUUCUUGUUAAUACUGAUGAGGCAGGGACCUUGUUUGUGACGAACUUUCGUCUUCUUUUCCUGAGUGAUGGUUCGAGGAAUAUAAUUGCACUUGGAACCAUACCUUUGGCAACAAUUGAGAAAUUCAACAAGAUUGUUAUGAAGCUUCCAGCAGCUCCUAGGCAAACUGACAGGAGUCCUUCCCGCCGACUGCUUCAGGUCAUUGGCAAGGAUAUGAGAAUAAUUGUUUUUGGUUUUCGGCCUCGAACAAAGCAGAGGCGUGCUGUAUAUGAUGCAUUAUUGAGGUGCACAAAGCCAUUAAGGAUUUGGGAUCUUUAUGCUUUUGCUUCUGGCCCUUCCAGAUUCACUAACAGCGAUCCUAAAGUGCGGUUAUUGGAUGAGUAUUUCCGGCUUCUAGGUCUGAGUUCGUAUCAUGCUUCAACAAGAAUGAUUGAAGAUGGGUCAUUCACUUUGUCCAAUGAGUUGUGGAGGAUCAGCAGUCUGAAUUCAAGUUAUACUAUGUGUCCUACCUAUCCAUUUGCAUUGCUGAUCCCAAGAUCUGUAAGUGAUGAAGAAUUGCUGCAGGCUAGUACAUUCCGUGGGCGGUGUCGGUUGCCUGUUAUUACUUGGUGUAACCGAGAUACAGGUGCUGUACUGGCGAGAUCAGCUCAACCUCUUGUUGGCAUUAUGAUGAAUAUGAGGAGCAAUGCUGAUGAGAAGCUAGUAGCUGCACUGUGCACUCAAAUUUUUGGAUCAAGGGAGCAGCGAAGGAAGCUGUACAUUGCCGAUGCAAGGCCUCGUAAGAAUGCUUUAGCAAAUGGAGCCAUGGGGGGUGGAUCAGAGUCAUCUUCUAAUUAUUUUCAAUCUGAGAUUGUUUUUUUCGGGAUAGAUAACAUACAUGCAAUGAGGGAGAGUCUUGUUCGACUAAGAGACUACCUGGAUACGCAUGGUUCUGCUUCAUCCGAUGGAAUGUCAUCAUUUUUGAGGCACGGGGGAUGGACUUGGGGAGGUGGUAACCUUAGUAGCAUGUCUGCCUCAGUUUCAACGCUUGGAGACAGCGGUUGGUUAAUACAUGUCCAGAGUGUCUUGGCUGGUUCUGCUUGGAUUGCAGCUCGUGUUGCUUUGGAAUCAGCAUCAGUUCUUGUUCACUGCAGUGAUGGAUGGGAUAGAACCACUCAGUUGGUCUCACUCGCCAGUUUAUUGCUUGAUCCAUACUACCGGACAAUUAAAGGUUUUCAGGCACUUGUGGAAAAAGAUUGGCUAGCAUUUGGCCACCCAUUUGCAGAUCGUGCUGGAAUGCCAUCUCUAUCUGGAAGUGGCAGCAUGCCUUUUGAGUUGUCUCGUCAGUCUUCCACAGGGAGCUUCUCUUCAUCACCCUCACGCCAAGCAUCAGGGUCAUUUACAUCUCAAGCUCCAGCUACAUCACAUACACAGAAUAAUUAUUCACCUAUCUUUUUGCAGUGGGUUGAUUGUGUUUCACAGUUGUUACGGCUGUAUCCACUUGCCUUCGAGUUCUCCUCGGGAUUCCUAGUGGACUUAUUGGAUUCUAUCCUUUCAUGCCGCUUUGGAAACUUCUUGUGCAACAGUGAGAAGGAAAGGCAGCAAGCUGGUAUUUCUGAUUCCUGUGGCUGCUUAUGGGCGUACAUGGCUGAUAUGAGAGCUUUGAAUGGAGGUUAUCAUGUGCAUUACAAUCCUUUCUAUGAACCAUCUAAACACAAUGGUCCACUACUACCACCUGCAGCGGCUUUGGCCCCAACAGUUUGGCCACAGUUCCACCUUCGAUGGGCUUGCCCAAUGGAGUCUCAGGCUGGAGAGCUUGAAGCACAAUGUCGGAACAUGAGUAAAAGGUUUACUGAAUUGCAGAAGGCAAAAGAAGAGACUGAUGCAAGAGUUAAAGAAACCACUGCUACUAUGGAGUCCUUGGCUGCUGAGUUGCAGAAUGAGAAGGUCAUCAGUACAUCAGCAAAGGAGUUGGCCAGCCGGGCCAGCAGGGAGAGUGCAGCAAUAAAGCGUGCACUACAAUCACUGGGGUGUAAAGUGCACUUCUCGGGAGAUGGUGACUGCACUGUUGGCAUUGAAAGUAAUCCAACUGAAAUUCCUCAAAAAUCUGUGUACUUUUCUUCUAAGGAGGAAUCAGCUGGUACUGGUGUCAGUAAUGAGAAAUCAGAGCUCUCUGUUUCAGUCACCGUUUUGGCAGAUGAUGUUUCCAAUAAUCCAAUUAACCGAUUUUGUGAAUCUUUAUGUCCGUUACAUACUAGGGAGGGAGGUUGCAGAUGGCCUGAUGCUGCCUGUGCUCAAUUUGGGAGUCAAUUUGUUGGAUUAAAAGCAAAUUUUGAUGCGUUUGAUCGGCUGUCUAUAUAUGAUAGGUAUUUCCAGCCAGAGUAGACAGUCGACAUUUUAAACUAAACAUGAGGUACGGGGACUUUAGGGACAUGCUUCUGUCUUGCUAUCAAAUUGAGGAUCUCUUGUAAAGAAGGAACUUUAGUGUAGAUUAAUUAGAUAAAAGUUUUGUUGGAGUUUUUACAUGAGACACAAGUGAAUAACAAAUAAGCCAGUGAAGGUUAUAGUGGUCCUAAUAUUGGAGAUGGGCCCGGGGAUUGCUUGUACAGGUUAAUAUAUAUAGUUGGGUUUUUGUUUAUCGAAGCUAAUCUGAGGAUGUACAUUAAGAGCUCCUCAUUGACAUAGAAACUGGCUAGUGGACGCGGGUACAGAUUUCUGUACUUGCUUCAGGCUUACAUGUACAUCGAUCAAAUUUCCAUUCUUCUCUCAAGCAAUCUAAGCUUGUGAUACAGAUACUUAGAUUUUAUUCAGGUUUUGUGUUAAUUGUAUACUCA